CUUGGUAGAGAGUCCUAGAUCAGAAACAUAACCCACAUAAAAAAGAGAGUCCCACGAUCUCUUCUCUCUUUCCUCAUUGACUCUCUCUCUUCUUUCUCUUUCUCUCUCUCAAGUGUCAAUGGCGGAUCCAAUCUCGAAGGCUCUGAUUGCGUUUGCGCUCGUAGCUUCCUUGUUGCUAUGCUCACAGGCAUCCUCUGACGUGCCCUUCAUCGUAGCUCACAAGAAGGCCUCCCUCAACAGGCUCAAGUCUGGUGCCGAAAGGGUCUCCGUCACCAUCGACAUCUACAACCAAGGAACCUCGACCGCAUACGAUUUAAGUCUAGCAGACGAUAGCUGGCCAAAUGAUCUUUUUAGUAUAAUCAGCGGUAGCACUUCAAAGUCAUGGGAAAAGCUUGAUGCGGGUGGUGUCCUCUCCCACACAUUUGAGCUUGAGGCAAAAACAAAGGGAGUAUUUUCUGGUGAACCGGCUAUCAUAAAGUUCCGCAUACCCACAAAGGCUGCCUUACAGGAGGCAUAUUCAACCCCCAUAUUGCCUUUAGAUGUUCUUGCUGAUAGACCUCCUGAGAAGAAGUUUGAAUGGGUAUGUUUUCUUGAAUACCUGAAAAGGUUGCUGGCUAAGUAUGGAUCUCUAAUCUCGGUGAUCUCCUUCAUGGUUCUGUUUGUGUACCUGGUGGCUACACCAUCAAAAUCCAGUGCAAAAGGAAGCAAGAAGAAGCGUUAAUCAGUGUCAAAUUAGUACGCUUGCAAUCAGACAUUUUGGAGGCUAGAGCAUGAUAUUAUGUCAGUGGUCAGUGUUUACCCAGUUAGAACGUAUGUUGUUGGACUUUUUUGAAUGAAUGGUUAAAUGAGUUAGCGAGAGAACAAAUUAAUUUCUUGA